AUGGAGACUCCUAUUUUCGAACAGCACCGUCACCAUGUGAGGGCGAAAGCAAGCUGCUUAGUUCGACCACAACCACAGGAAUUAAGAAAAGAAACGAUAGCCGGCUGCACAAAACAUCUCCAGUUAGUCCUUCAGUUUUUCCUUGUUACUGAACAUGACAUUUGGUAUAGACAACCUCAUAGUCCUUCACAACUCGUAUAUAUGGCUCAAUCUCAUAGAACUGACACCAAAUCAUUUCAUCUCAAAUUUUGCGCUUAUGAAUACUUGUCGUGCGAUGUCUUCUACCGUGUCCUUGAAGGAAAUCUCAACAACUGGGGCGAUUAUUAUGAGGUUUAUAGUGAUGUUCUCAUCCGUAGUAUGAUAUUUCAGAUACAUAAAUUUGUUGACGUUGAGUUGAACAAGGGCGGUACUAAUUGCCAAAACUUGGAGAUGAUCGUUGAUUUGACCUUGAAAAUGGAAUAUAUUUUGGAUGGGAGGCUAGAACAACCAUCGUCGCACUUGAAUGGGGGGAUGGUACCUGCUAGUACGACAUCGAUAAUGCAGUUGCCAGAGAGAAUGGAGAUCGAUGAAGAUCAAUGUUUGAAUGAUGAAUGUGUCAUCUGUUUUGAAAAACUCGAAGGAAAGAUCGUGUGCGUGCCUUGCUCGCAUGUGUUCCAUGGAGACUGCAUUAAGAACUGGUUAGACAAGAGCCAUUAUUGCCCUGUUUGUCGCUAUAAUAUGCCAACUUCUGAAUUAGAAUCGUAG